AUGGCACCUGUCACUCCAAGGACAUCGAAGGUCCUACAAGGUAAUAAUGGUAACAAUUCAUCAAACAAGAAGAUGAAACAAUCUAGUUUGUUAUCAUUUUUCUCAAAAUCAUCAUCUACACCAACCCAAAAGGGUGGACCCGUUGGUAAGUCACCUUUUUCGAGUCCGAAAAUUACUGCUAUCAAUAGUAGUAAUACAUCAAUUGUCAAAAAAUCGGGUCAACCAAUUGAAAUAGAAUUAGAUGAUUCAUUUGAUAAAGUUGAAAUUGGAAAGGUACCUAUCCAGAACUCACUACAACCUAUAACAAAAACAGUUGGAGAAAGCUCAACCGAGCAUAUUAUUUCUGCAGAUGAAACUUUGAUAGAGAAAUCUUCUGACGGUUCAUCUGAUAGAAGAACUAAGAGAUCAGUAAAUUAUGCGGAAAGUGAUGAUGAUAAUGAUGAUGACCGCAUUCAAUUAUCAUCUUCCAAAUAUAAUAAGAAGCAAAAACUUUUUGCUGAAGAUUCAGAUGAAGAUGAUGAAUAUGUUCCAUCUAAAAAAGAACUAAAGGAAGAAAAAAUGAAUGAAAGUGUUGACGAUUCAAAUUUCAUUGAUGAUGGUGAUGAAGAUGAUGACGAUGAUGACGAUGAUGACCUUAUUGCAUUAUCUACAAAACCUAAAAAGGUUAAUCCAACAAAAAGGAGAAUGAUAGAAGCAACAGUAAGAUCUAAACCGAAACCAAGUAUAGCAAUUCAAAAAUCAAAACCUAAGACCGGAUCAAAUUUUGCAAAACAUAAUGAGGAAAGAUAUUAUUGGUUAGUUGAUGAAAAGGAUGCUGAAAAACGACCUGUUUCCGAUCCAGAGUAUGAUUCUAGAACACUGUAUAUUCCUUCAGCAGCUUGGGCUAAAUUCACUGCCUUCGAAAAGCAAUAUUGGGAAAUAAAGUCUAAGAUGUGGGAUUGUAUUGUUUUCUUUAAAAAGGGUAAAUUUUUUGAAUUAUAUGAAAAAGAUGCUCUCUUGGCCAAUUCUUUAUUUGAUUGGAAACUAGCCGGUAACGGUCGUGCUAACAUGCAAUUAGCAGGUAUCCCUGAAAUGAGUUUCGAGUACUGGGCUUCGCAAUUUAUUGAACAUGGUUAUAAAGUGGCAAAAGUGGAUCAAAAGGAAUCAAUGUUGAGUAAAGAAAUGAGAGAAGGUUCUAAGGGUAUCGUCAAAAGAGAAUUGGAAUGUGUUUUGACUGCUGGUACCUUAACAGAUGGUGAUAUGAUACAUUCAGAUCUUGCUACUUAUUGUUUGGCUAUCAGGGAAGAAUCCGGUGACUUUUAUAUGCAUGAUGACUAUUCUGUUGAUGAAAAAUCUAAUCCAGAUAGAAUAUUUGGUAUUUCUUUUAUCGAUACAUCUACUGGUGAAGUUCAAUUAAUUGAAUUUGGGGAUGACAAUGAAUGCACAAAAUUGGACACAAUUAUGUCACAAGUUAAACCAAAAGAAAUCAUUAUUGAAAAGGAUAAUUUGAGUAAUAUUGCCAAUAAAAUCGUUAAAUUCAAUGCCUCCUCUAGACCAAUAUUUAAUGAAAUCAAACCUGAAGUGGAAUUUUAUGAUUAUGAAAAAACGUACGACGUUCUUACUUCCGAUGAUUUCAAGUAUUUCAAAAAUGUUGAUAAUUGGCCAGAGGUCCUACAAUCUUACUAUAAGAACCAGAAAAAGGUUGGUUUCAGCGCUUUUGGUGCAUUACUAUACUACUUAAAAUGGCUCCAACUAGAUAAAAGUCUGUUGUCUAUGGGUAAUAUGAAGGAAUAUGAUCCUGUUAAAUCUCAGAAUUCUUUGAUAUUAGAUGGUAUUACACUACAAAACUUGGAAAUAUUUAGUAAUUCAUUUGAUGGCACUUCUAAGGGUACUCUUUUCCAAUUAUUCAAUAAAUCUAUCACUGCAAUGGGUAAGAGAAUGAUGCGAAGAUGGUUAAUGCAUCCAUUACUUAAUGAGGAUGAUAUUAACAAGAGGUUGGAUAGUGUCGAUUUACUAAUAUCUAACUUGGAAUUAAAAGACAAUAUAGAAAGUGUUUUUAGCAGAUUACCAGAUCUGGAAAGAUUAUUGGCUAAGAUUCAUACAUGUACCAUAAAGGUGAAAGAUUUUGAAAGAGUUAUUCAAGGUUUUGAGGAUAUUGAGAAUCUGCUGCUGCUGUUAAAGGACUCUGAUAUCGAAUUGAGAGGUGCCUUGGAUAUUUUCUUAAAGCAAAUACCAGAAUCCCUUUAUGCUAAUAUUGAUACCUGGAAAAACGCAUUUGAUAGAGUCAAAGCAUCUGAAGAAGGUAUCAUCCUUCCACAUAGAGGCAUUGAAACAGAUUUUGAUAAAUCAUUGGAUGAAAUUGAGGCUUUAGAAAACGAACUAUACGAGCUAUUGAACCAAUAUAAAAAGAAAUACCAUUGUUCUGACAUUUGUUUUAAGGAUUCAGGUAAAGAAAUAUACACCAUAGAAUUUCCAGUUAAAGCAGUUAAAAAUGUCCCUUCAGACUGGGUACAGAUGGCUGCAAAUAAAUCUACAAAAAGAUAUUAUUCUGACGAAGUUAGAAUUUUGGCGAGGUCAAUGGCAGAGGCUCGUGAGACACAUAAGGCAUUAGAAGAGGAUCUAAGAACAAGACUGUGCCGAAAAUUCGACUCCGCUUUCAUGGAUACUUGGACUCCUACAGUAUAUGCCAUUUCUAAUAUUGAUUGUUUGUUGGCUCUAACAAAGACAUCGGAGUCUCUAGGUUUCGUUGCAUGUAGACCCAGUUUUGUCGAUGAUGUGGACAAAAAUACCGGAGAGAAACUAAAUGGAUUUAUGAGGUUUAAACAAUUAAGACAUCCCUGUUUUGGAUUAGGGAGUACUAUUGCAAAGGAUUUCAUCUCUAACGAUAUUGAAUUGGGUAAUGGGAGACCACAACUAGGAUUAUUAACUGGUGCAAAUGCAGCUGGUAAAUCGACAGUUUUAAGAAUGACAUGUGUGGCUGUUAUAAUGGCACAAAUGGGUUGUUAUGUUCCUUGUGAAUCUGCAUCAUUGUCGCCAGUGGACAGAAUAAUGACACGUUUGGGUGCUAAUGAUAACAUUAUGCAAGGGAAAUCGACAUUCUUUGUCGAAUUAUCAGAAACUAAGAAAAUUUUGGACUUAGCAACCAGAAGAUCGUUACUUGUAGUGGAUGAAUUGGGUAGAGGUGGUUCUUCAAGUGAUGGUUUUGCCAUUGCUGAAAGUGUCUUGCACCAUGUUGCAACACAUAUUCAGAGUCUUGGUUUUUUUGCUACACAUUACGCCAAUUUAGGAUUAAGUUUUAAGGGACAUCCCCAAGUUAGACCUAUGAAAAUGGCAAUCCUGGUCGACGAAGAAACAAGAAAUGUUACAUUCCUCUACAAAUUAGAAGACGGUCAAAGUGAAGGUUCAUUUGGUAUGCACGUUGCAACAAUGUGUGGUAUAUCAAAAUCAAUUGUUGAUAAUGCUCAGAAUGCAGCUGACAAAUUUGAGCAUACUACUAGAAUAAUAAAGGAGAAGCAAAAAGCAACAAGUGGUAUUCAGGGAGAAAUUGUAGAUAUACCAUUAGGUUUACAAAGCGACUUCGUAAGAUUACUAUAUGGUGAUGGUGUUAAAAAUACCAAAUUGGGUACCGGAGAGGGUGUUCUGAUUUACGAUAAUAAUGUCAAAAGAAAUGUUUUAGAAAAUAUUUUCAGCAUCAUUGAAGAUUUAUAG